AUGGAUCUCAGCCGGCAAAGCAAGCAUUUCUGUGAGAAGUGUGAAUGGCUGAUGGAACUUAUGAUCAAUUACAAUGAAGCUGUCCAGGAAGGAAGAUACACAGAUAGUUCAAAACCGGAAGCAAAAUUAAAAUUCCAAUUAUAUUUGACUAAAGGGAUACAAAUGUUGAUAUUGAUAACUGAUAAUGCUGAAUUGAAGUAAUUUCGUGGAAUGGUGGCGUGACAAAUUGAGCGGGAAAAAAUAGAGUAUAUUGCUGGAGAGAGUGUCACGUGUCAAAAAUGAGGUCUAAAAGAGGGACACGUGGCGUUUAAGGGAGGUUUUUAUUAAGUAUGAAGAUGAAGACUUGAUAGCGAGACCAACAACUUGUGUCAAAAAUCAAAAUGAUGUGCAAAGCAACACCACAAAACAUGCUAAUAUAUGUGUUAAGUGUUAAAACUUUUACUCCAAAAUUGCGGGCGUUAAAAUUGGAGAUAAAGAAUAUUUAUUGCCAACAACAUCUUCUCAGACGAGUCGUGUACUUUAUUGAACACUUGACAUGCGUUAGACUCGAGCAAACCCUAAUAACCAAUGAAAUCCCC